GCCACAGGAUGUUGACCUGGCUUUCCCGUGGCUGCUUUCACCUGCACCAGCAGCGAUAUUCCUCACACCUCUCCGCGUAGAAAAGGCACUUCCGGCAUUGCAGCGAUAUCAGAUAUAGACAACCGAUAUAUAUAUAUAUAUAAUACAUAUAUUCGCCGCCGCUGUCGCCGCCUUGUUCUUCGCGAUUUCGUCGCCGUCAGCGUUCGCCGCCGACUGAGACGAAAGCUGCGAAGCAACGAGCGCCAGCGAAAGCCUCACCACGGACGCAUUUAUGGAUGCGGGCGGCCUGCCAGUUUUCCAGAGCGCCAGCCAAGGAGCCGCCCAACAGCAGCAACAGCAACAGCAGCAGCAGCAGCAACACCAGCAGCAGCAACAUCUGAAUCUCCAGUUGCACCAACAGCACUUGGGCCUCCAUCUGCAGCAGCAACAGCAGCUGCAACUGCAACAGCAGCAGCAGCAACACAAUGCCCAGGCGCAGCAGCAGCAGCAGAUCCAGGUGCAGCAGCAACAGCAGCAGCAGCAACACUCGCCCUACAAUGCCAGCCUGGGAGCAACAGGCGGAAUUGCUGGAAUCACUGGCGGCAACGGAGCUGGCGGCCCUGCGAAUCCAGGAGCGGUUCCCUCGGGAGCAGCGGGCAACGACAAUAUGCCCGCCAAGCGGAUGCCGGUCGUCGAUCGCCUGCGACGCCGCAUGGAGAACUACCGCCGCCGGCAGACGGACUGCGUGCCCCGCUAUGAGCAGGCCUUCAGCACCGUCUGCGAGCAGCAGAACCAGGAGACCACCGUCCUCCAGAAGCGCUUCCUCGAGAGCAAGAACAAGCGGGCGGCCAAGAAGACCGACAAGAAGCUGCCCGAUCCCUCGCAACAGCAGCAGCAUCAGCAGCAGCAGCAGCAACACCAGCAGCAGCAACAUCAGCAGCACCAGCAACACCAGCAGGCCCAGACAAUGUUAGCCGGACAGCUGCAGAGCAGUGUUCAUGUGCAACAAAAAUUCCUGAAACGACCCGCGGAGGAUGUUGACAAUGGCCCUGACAGCUUUGAACCGCCGCACAAGUUGCCCAAUAACAACAACAAUAGCAAUAGCAACAAUAACAACGGCAAUUCGAAUGCCAACAACGGCGGCAACAACAACAAUGGCUCCAACAACAACACCGGCAACAACUCGAACAACGGCAACAAUGGCACCAGCAACAACAACAACGGGAACAACAAUGGGAACAACAUCAACAACGGCUCAGAGAAUCUAACCAAAUUCUCGGUGGAAAUUGUACAACAACUUGAGUUUACCACAUCGGCGGCCAAUUCGCAACCGCAGCAGAUUAGCACAAAUGUCACUGUAAAGGCGCUGACCAAUACGUCGGUGAAAAGUGAACCAGGUGUUGGUGGUGGCAAUAGCAACAACAACGGAGGAGGAGGAGGCGGGGGAGGCGGCAACAACAACGGCAACAACGGAAGCGAUCAUCACCAGCAACAACAAGGCGGCGGACUGGGUGGCCUCGGCAACAAUGGAAGGGGGGGCCAAGGAGGAGGAGGACCCGGUGGCAUGUCCACCAAUCCCGGAGGCCUCGGCGGCAUGGGCGGCAUGCCACCCAACAUGAUGUCCGCCCAGCAGAAGACCGCCCUUGGCAACCUGGCCAAUUUGGUGGAGUGCAAGCGGGAACCCGAUCACGAUUUCCCCGAUCUCGGCUCGCUGGACAAAGACGUCGUCGGCGGCGUUGGCGGCGUCGGUCAGUUUCCCGGCUUUCCCGAUCUCCUCGGCGACGACAACUCGGAGAACAACGACACCUUCAAGGAUCUCAUCAACAACCUGCAGGACUUCAAUCCCAGCUUCCUCGACGGCUUCGAUGAGAAGCCGCUGCUGGACAUCAAGACGGAGGACGGGAUCAAGGUGGAGCCGCCGAAUGCCCAGGAUCUGAUCAACAGCCUGAAUGUGAAGUCGGAGGGUGGACUGGGUGGUCAUGGUUUCGGUGGCUUUGGCCUGGGACUCGACAACUCGGGCAUGAAGAUGCGCGGAGGUGGCAAUCCUGGCGGCAAUCAAGGCGGAGGAGGCUUCCCUAAUAAUGGUGCAGGAGGUGGCAACGCCGGCAAUCCCGGCGGCAAUGGUGGCAACUCUGGUAAUCUCAUGUCUGAACAUCCGCUGGCCGCCCAGACACUCAAGCAAAUGGCCGAGCAGCAUCAACACAAGAACGCCAUGGGCGGCAUGGGUGGCUUCCCCCGACCGCCGCACGGCAUGAAUCCCCAGCAGCAGCAGCAACAGCAGCAGCAGCAACAACAGCAGCAGCAGCAACAGGCCCAGCAGCAGCAACAUGGUCAGAUGAUGGGCCAAGGUCAGCCGGGUCGCUACAACGACUACGGUGGCGGCUUCCCCAAUGACUUUGGCCUGGGACCCAACGGCCCGCAGCAGCAGCAGCAGCAGCAGCAACAGCAGCCGCAGCAGCAACAUCUGCCGCCGCAGUUCCACCAGAAGGUUCCGGGCGGCGGUCCCGGUGCUGGCAUGCAACAGAGCUUCCUGGACAUCAAGCAGGAGCUCUUCUAUUCCUCUCAAAACGAUUUCGAUCUCAAGCGCCUGCAGCAGCAGCAGGCCAUGCAGCAGCAACAGCAGCAGCAGCAGCAACACCACCAGCAGCAGCAACAGCAGCCCAAAAUGGGCGGAGUGCCGAACUUUAACAAGCAGCAGCAGCAGCAACAGGUGCCACAGCAGCAGCAACUGCAACAGCAGCAGCAGCAAUACUCGCCCUUCAGCAACCAGAACGCCAAUGCGGCGGCCAACUUCCUCAAUUGUCCGCCGCGGGUUGGUCCAAAUGGCGGCCAGCAACCCGGCAAUCUGGCGCAGCAGCAGCAGCAACCCGGGGGUGGACCGCAGCAGCAGCAGCGCGGAAAUGCCGGCAACAACGGGCAGCAGAACAACCCGAAUGCCGGACCCGGCGGCAACACCUCGAAUGCACCGCAGCAACAGCAGCAGCAACAGUCGACGACCACAACGCUGCAGAUGAAGCAGACGCAGCAGUUGCACAUUAGCCAACAGGGUGGCGGAGCCCAUGGAAUUCAGGUGUCGGCUGGUCAGCAUCUGCAUCUGAGUGGCGACAUGAAGAGCAACGUCUCGGUGGCCGCCCAGCAAGGCGUCUUCUUCAGUCAGCAGCAGGCGCAGCAGCAGCAGCAACAACAGCAGCAGCAACAGCAGCCCGGCGGCAACAACGGACCCAAUCCCCAGCAGCAACAGCAACAGCCGCAUGGCGGCAACGCUGGCGGCGGAGUGGGCGUGGGUGUGGGCGUGGGCGUGGGCAAUGGCGUUCCCAAUCCCGGACAGCAGCAGCAGCAACCAAAUCAAAACAUGAGCAAUGCAAAUGUUCCCUCCGAUGGCUUCUCGCUCUCCCAGAGCCAAAGCAUGAACUUCAACCAGCAGCAACAGGCGGCGGCAGCGGCGGCGGCAGCAGCGGCGCAGCAGCAACAGGUGCCGCCCAACAUGCGCCAGCGUCAGACGCAAGCGCAGGCAGCGGCUGCAGCAGCGGCGGCGGCAGCGGCGCAGGCGCAGGCGGCGGCCAAUGCCAGCGGACCGAACGUGCCGCUCAUGCAGCAGCCGCAGGUGGGAGGAGUGGGCGUUGGCGUAGGAGUAGGCGUAGGCAAUGGAGUGGGCGUGGGCGUGGCCAGCGGUCCCAACAGCGGUGCAAUGAAUCAGAUGGGCGGACCCAUGGGCGGCAUGCCGGGCAUGCAGAUGGGCGGACCCAUGAACCCGAUGCAGAUGAAUGCCGGCGGUCCGUCGCCGCAGCAGAUGAUGCAGAUGGGCGGAGGCGGUGGGGCCGGCGGACCGGGCGGAGUGCCGGGCGCAGGUCCGGGACCCAAUCCCAACCAGGCCAAGUUCCUGCAGCAGCAGCAGAUGAUGCGCGCCCAGGCGAUGCAGCAGCAACAGCAGCACAUGUCCGGCGCCCGUCCUCCUCCCCCCGAGUACAAUGCCACCAAGGCGCAGCUGAUGCAGGCGCAGAUGAUGCAGCAGACGGUGGGCGGCGGAGGAGUGGGCGUAGGAGGAGUGGGAGGCGUCGGCGUUGGAGGAGUAGGCGGCGCCAAUGGAGGUCGCUUCCCCAACAGCGCUGCCCAGGCGGCGGCCAUGCGACGCAUGACCCAGCAGCCCAUUCCGCCCUCGGGUCCCAUGAUGCGACCCCAGCAUGCGAUGUACAUGCAGCAGCAUGGCGGCGGAGCAGGCGGCGGUCCCAGGAGCGGCAUGGGCGGCGUGCCCUACGGCGGAGGAGCAGGUGGACCUAUGGGCGGACCACAGCAGCAGCAGCGACCGCCCAAUGUCCAGGUGACUCCAGAUGGCAUGCCGAUGGGAUCGCAGCAGGAGUGGCGGCACAUGAUGAUGACGCAGCAGCAGACGCAGAUGGGCUUCGGCGGACCAGGAGGUCCCGGAGGACCCAUGCGCCAGGGACCCGGAGGAUUCAAUGGGGGCAACUUCAUGCCCAAUGGAGCACCCAAUGGUCCAGCGGGAAGCGGACCUAAUCCCGGUGGCAUGAUGUCCGGCCCGAAUGUGCCGCAAAUGCAGUUGACCCCGGCCCAAAUGCAGCAGCAACUGAUGCGCCAGCAGCAGCAACACAUGGGUCCCGGUGGCGGCAACAACAUGCAGAUGCAGCAACUGCUGCAGCAGCAACAGUCCGGAGGCGGCGGCGGUGGCGGAGGCAACAUGAUGGCCAGCCAGAUGCAGAUGACCAGCAUGCACAUGAGCCAGACGCAGCAGCAGAUCACCAUGCAGCAGCAGCAGCAGUUCGUGCAGCAGAGCAGCACCACCACGACGCACCAGCAGCAGCAGAUGCAGAUGCAGAUGGGUCCCGGGGGCGGAGGGGGAUCGGCCAGCAACAACAACGGGGGCGGAGGUGGUGGGGCGGCGGGCGCAUCGUCGACCAUUGCCAGCGCCAGUUCCAUCAGCCAGACGAUCAACUCGGUGGUGGCCAACUCGAAUGAUCUGUGUCUCGAAUUCCUGGAGAACCUGCCCGUGGACAGCAACUUCUCCACGCAGGAUCUGAUCAACUCCCUCGACAACGACAACUUCAACCUGCAGGACUUCAACAUACCGUAGAGGAAUGCAGGGAACCACUCCUGAACUCCACCUCCAGCCAGCACCAAACACCAAACCACCACCACCAUAACCACCACGAUGUUGCCUCAGUUUUGUUUAGAUUUUUUAGUUUGUUGCCUCUCCUUGUUGUUAUUGGCCUAAACGCCCUACGGCCCCCGCCCCGCCCUCUCCGAACACCCGUUCCUGCCAACGAAGUUAUUUUGUUUGUUAUUUGUGUGUGAAUUUAUUCCUAAGCUAAGUUCGUUCGUCUAUGUACUCUAAUUUCGUGGGCUCCACUACUGUAUCGUAUUGUAUUGUGUACCGUAAUUGUAUGUAUUAUUAGUAGAGCUGUUCCCAAGGUCCAAGGCGAGCGCCCACUGGGCGUGGCAGCAGCAGCAGCGGCGGCAGAAAGACAUUCCAUAUGCACCGGUCGAACUGAGGGAUUAGGGAAAUGCGAAAAUUCGUAUUGGAAAAGUAUUUGCAAGUACUUUAAAAUCAUCCGAGCAGAUUUCAGAAAAUUCACAUACCCACACACAGAGACUCGUUGUGCAACUUAAGCACUUGUACUUAAUGCAAAUUUUUUAGUGCCACGCCCAGCGGUCGCACGCCCCAUUUCGUUUGAUUACUUAAGCAAAGCCAGAUGAAAUGAUGGAAGCAAACGCAAAAAGAACCAACAACAAAAGAAAAUCGAAAAAAAAAACACAAAAUAGUUGUACAUUUUAUAUUUAAUUUUAUUUAAUUUUUAUAAAAACAAAAUCGACAAACUAAAAGAAACCACAAAAAAAUGGGAAAACUAAAUCGAAAUCGAGAAACUGUCAGAAUAAAGAGCAAAAAUAUUGGUGAUAUUUUAAAUGCUUAAACACAAAUUGAGAACUAAGCGAAUCAAAUGAGAAAACAACAAAAAGCGAAGACCACAAAAAGCAAAAAUUGAAGGGGAAGAACUUUUUAAAAAAACAAGCAAAACAUAAAUUUGAGAAUGAGAAACAGUUAUUAUUAUUAUAUUAUAAUUAUUAUUGUACAUUAAUUUUUUAGACGAGUUCAUUUUUAAAUGGAAUUUUAAACGCGGAGCAACAGUGCGAGAAAUGCGCAAACAAAACAUAUUUAAAAAAUAUACACUAUAUAUUAUGCGUAGUUUUUGGUAGUGAAACGUAAUUAGUAGUUUGUUAAAUAAAUUGAUAUACACCCACAAAUACAUAAUAUACAAACGAAUCAUAUGUAUGCGAUCCGAUAUAUUUGAUUACUGAACAAGAAAAAAAGUAAAAGUAAAAGCAGCGCUAACAAUUUACGAGUAUAUACUUAGUGAUAAGUCGCCACAAAAUGUUUGAGGAGAUAAGCGGAGAUCGAAAUUUAUAUUUACUACAUGCGCCUGGCCGCAUUACCAAGUGAUGCCAUGCCAAGCCAAGCCACGCCCACACAGAUAACGAGAAGAGGAGUUUGAGAGGAGGACAAACAAUAUUAGAGCAAGCAAAAAUCGCGAAAAAAACAAGCAAAACGAAAAAACGCCAGAGAUUCCAGCAAUGAAAUUAUUGUACGACAACUAAUUAGAGCAAUUCCAUAAGUCCAUAAGUUAGACGUUCAGUUGAGGCCAUAGAAAUUUUGAAUCGGGCACAGCGGCUGCCACUUCCACAAUUAUAUAGUAACAGACAGCUCACAGCCAUUUUUGCAGAGUUUAAAUUAAAUUAAAUUAGGAUCAGCAGCUACAAACAAAUCCAUAGCACACGCCUAGCAAAAAAAUAUAUAAUAAAUUUAACGAAAAAGUAUUUAAGCCGCAGACAAACAAACAAACAAACGAUAAAAAUCUAACAAAAUUUACUAUUACAAUUAUAAAUGAAUAAAAUACGCGAAUUGUAGUUUGUAAUUAAUGCUAAAGAUACGAAGUAAAAAUUUGUUUAUAACUAUUAUAUACCGCAAAUUAUAUAUACACUAUUAUUACUAUA